GGGCAGGAGAGGCCAAGGGCCCACCCCCUCCACCUGGAGCACAGAGGGGCCUGGGCCAGGGCCAGGGCCACGGGAAGCCAUGGAGAGCUUCAUGGAGUCGCUAAACAGGCUGAAGGACGUCCAUGAGAAUGAGAUCACGGGACACCCAGGCUGAGGUCUGCCCGGCCGACACAUCUGUCCGAUUUUCCCUCCGGCAACAGGGCUGCAGCCACACCACUCCCUUCACCCCAGUGCCCGGGCCAUACCCUCCAGAGUCCUUUCUGAGAGUACUCACACACACCCUGAAGCCCGAAAGGGCCUGGUUCACCUCCCCCAGAGACCCAGAGGGGCAGGGGCUGCUUGGGCUAGCCUAGGGCCCAAGCCAGACCACAGUGAGGUGGGGAAGAGGGGGUCUGCUGGGGUCUCCCCCAAGGGCCCAUUUUAUUUCAACUCUGGCAGCUCCCCAAAAACUUUCCUCUUGGGACUUGGCCAGGUGGCUGGUCACUCCCAGCAGCAGGGUCCCUCCCCAUCUCCAGACAGACACCAGAGCCGGAGACCCCAGGGAGGGGAGAGGCUGGGCCCAGACCGGGUCCCAGGCAGCCAGGAGAGGGGGCGGAGGCUGUCAGCAGGUGCAGACCGGGAGCCCGCCGAGGGGGCGACUUCAGGGAGGCAGUGAGGGGACCCAGGCAGGCAGCAGGCGUCUGGAGAGGGCCCUGCCAGACAACCGGGGACAGGAAAUGCCCCGGCUCUGCUGCAGGGGUGCAGCACGGCUGGGCCUGACCCUCUGCUCCUUUCCUUGCUCCUCCAGGCCUGCAGAACAAGCUUCUGGAACUGAACUCAGAGAGGUGUCGGGACGCCCAGAGGGCGGAGGAGCUCUGUGCCAAGAACCGUCAGCUCAGGGAGCAGCAGAGGGCGCUGAAGGAGAACCUGCGGGCGCUGGAGAACAGGCUGCGGGCCGGCCUGUGCGACCGCUGCAUGGUCACCCAGGAGCUGGCCAGGAAGAAGCAGCAGGAGUUCGAGAGCUCCCUGCUCCAGAGCCUGCAGCAUGUCUUCCUCCUCACAACCGAGCUGACCCGGCUGCAGGAGGAAAACGAUGCCUUGAAGGAGGAGACAGGGCCAAGCCCCAGUUCAGGGAGGGCGCCCCAGAGCCCCCGUCACCCCUGCUGCUCCCCUCCCUGGGCACCCGGAAGGCCGUCACCGCGAAGCCACUGGAAGGCCACAAGGAGAUGGAGGGCGGCCACGCAGAAAGGCCGGUGGGGUACGGGACGUCUCCAGUAGCCAAAAUCUCCCCGGGUACCAACCUGCCUGAGCCCCGGGCCCCGGACACGAGCCCCCAGCACAUCUCCAACCAGCUACACGGGACCAUCGCCGUGGUGCGGCCAGGGUCCUGGGCCUGCUCCGCCAACAGGGGCUCCGUCAACGGGACGUCCCCACUGCCACCCCCCAGGAGCAGACCCCCAAGCCCGCCUGGAGGGCACGGCCUCCCUCUGGACAGCUUCCUGCAGGCCUCUCUGCCCUCUGCCAAGCCCUGCGAGUCCCCGAAGCGCUCCCUCCAGGCUGACCGCCUCUGCCACCUGAACCGCCACCUGGACCUGCCCCGUGGGAGCCCUCACAGCGGCCCCCAGGCUCCCGCCACAGCCUGCAGCGGCCCCCAGCCCCAGGGCCUCAAGGCCGGGGAGGCGGAGGCCUGGGAGGAGCCCGCGGGUCUGCUGGGCCUGCCAGGCGCCCUGGCGGGCAUGCGUGACCUGCGGCUGGAGGGAGCGCUGCACCUGCUCCUGGCCCAGCAGCUGUGGGCGCGGGGGCGGGCGGGCGGUGCCGGGCUGAGGGGCCCCCCGGCGCCGGGGAAGGCGCCACCCUCCCCGCCGGCCGGCCCCCACUCAGAGGGUCCCGGCGGCGGGGCGGCCGGGGCAGCCCUGCCCAGAGGGCAGCACCCACAGCCCGCAGGCUCAGGCAGUCCUGGGGCAAAGGAGGCCUCGGCCACACAGGACUAUGUCACAGACAAGCCCCUGGACCUCUCGGAGUGGGCCCGGGGCCGGGACGGCGCCCCCAGGCCUGCCAGCCAGCCAGGAUCACUCAGCCCCCCAGGUGCCCACACGCCCAGCCCCAAGCCACCCCAGGGAAUGGAGCCCUCUGCACAGUCUGGGGUCCAGGGACUCAGCGACGGCAGCAAGGGGGCCGAAGAGCCAGAGGCAGAAGGGCCUCCAGCUUGCACGGAACCCUCCCAUUCUCUCCCAGGCCUCAGCCUGCCCUCUCCGAGUGGGCCAGGAUAUGAGGACAGAGGGAGGCCAAAACCGCCCCCCUGCCCGCAAAGGCCUGAUGGAGACGGCCACCCGGAGCUCAGCAAAGCCCAAGGACAGCAGCCAGAGUCAGAUGAGCUAGACAAGCCAGACACCUCGGACAGCGAGGUGGGCCUGAGCACCGAGGCGGUGGCCACGCGGAGCUCUCCAGCCGAGGGACCCAGGGGGUUCUGCGCCACGGAGCGUGGGCGGGGCCCACAGAAGAGGAAGCGGGCCUCAGACCAGUGGAGCAAAGCCUCGAAGAAGCCGUCCUGAGGAAUAAGGAACCCAGGGGAGCCAGGAGCCCGAGGGACCCCGAGGACGGCAGCCCCUCACCCAGCACCAGCAGCUGGGAAGAGAGCCAGGGGCACCCCAGCCUGCCCAGCCGUGCUCCCCACCCGACUGCCCGCGGCCAGGACAGCCCACGCCGCCAGCCAGCAGACGGCCCCAGCAGCAGCGUAGUGGACUGGGUCCCGGCCCACAUCCAAAGGGGUUGGGAAGGCCAAGAGGGCUGGUCUUCCGAACCCCUCCAUCUCAGAAAUGGUCUUGCCCACCACCCUCAGCCCAGCAUCUGCUCCCUUGCAGGGAGUAGGGGCCCGGGAGGCCAGGGUGGCUCAAGCUCCAGCCCAGCCCCACCCCCACCCCUGCUGUGCACAGGCAGCCCUUCCUGGACAGUGCCCCCUCCUCCCACCAACUCCACUAGCAUUCUGGACCCAAGGGGCUGCGAGCCUGGCCGCCCAUUCCUGACGGGGCAUGGAGCUCUGAGCGGUGGUCUCGGGCGCCCCCUCGUGGAGUACCACAAACGGGUGCUGGGCAGUGAGGGCGCAGGAAGGCUGAUGGCAGCACCCGGAGUGGCGGGGGGGGUCCCAGGGCACCCGGAGAAUAAAGUGUAAU